GGAAGUGGACGAAGAAACUCAUCACUCACGCUCUUGACCUCCUCCGCGCGAUCUGCUGGCGAUGAAGCAGCCAUUGAUGUGUGAGCGUAUCAAGCCCUGAGACUAGAUUAUAUUGCUAUAUCGGCUUCAAACGAAGCUAAGGGUUGCCCGCGAUUUAAAAAAAAACUUGAAGGUCAAUUAAUCGGAAAUUCGUGGAGCCAAGCAGCAGCGCUCGAAUGGGGACCGUUUGCGGAUCCACAGACAGUCCCGGAAUGGCGACAGAUCCCGGGUUUUUGACAUCAUGGAUGGAUCCGCCGUCCCCGAGACAGACUCUGGGGGGUUUCUUGCGGAGUUGUGACAGGCAGGGUAAGUUGGAUCGGGCGAGUCUUCUGGAUGGAGUGGGAUUGGGACUGUUGUUGUUACUUAUCUGCUGCAGAUGUUGGUUUAUUUAUUGGUGUAACCUCGGCUCCAUGACUCCUAUUCUGCACAUUGACACGAAAGAAAAAUACCUCAAAAUAUCAAUAGCUUCGCACCUGCCUGCUUUUCCCAACCGAAGCCCACAGAACCAACUACCUAGUAAUGUACAAUUUAGAUGACCGCUUUUUGCCACCCGUGGUUAUUUCACAUAUUGCAACGAAACAGUAAAACUAUACCCCAGAAUAGAUCGCCGAGAUGUGUCGUCCGCACUCCACCCGUUGUUCCAUGUUCACCG